CGACGAAAUACCACAAGUUCGUCUCAAGAGAUCGGAAAGCCUUGAAGACAUCUUCGAGGAGCUGAUGGAACUUUUGGACAACAUGGAGUCAGAAUCACAGGACGAGAGAAUGGUCCAGGCUGAAGCGACGGUGGACCCCAGCACAGGCUGGAUGAAGGAUGACUAUUCCAGUAGGGGCAUUGAUGAGGACGACGAAGCUCAACUGGAGGAAGACAUGCACUGGUGUGACAGCGUCGACGGCGGAUCUGUCCUAAAUCUACUGCUGAAGAAGGGAGUGCACGAACGCCGUGCAAUCGUCCCGGGGUGGAAUGACAAAUCACGAUGUGACUACCACGAGUGCUUCAAAGAUAUCAAGACUUGGCCGGCUGUGCCCUACUACCUUCUGAAUGACGCCAACUUCCUCAUCACCUGGCCAACCAGAUACAUCAGGGUGUUCUACAUCUUCAACUACAACUUCUACAAUAUGAUGAAGCAGAACAUAUCCGCUGUAGAAGACUACGCAAUGGAAGCUGUUGCAGUCCUCGACAAGGCUUACAGACCCAUCAACUUCCGUGUGCUGCUGGUAGGAGUGAAGGUUUUGACGGAGUACUGGCCCGGGGAGGGUCCCCGUCCAAACUACAACGACUUUCUGAAGCCCAAAGUACGAGAGUACAUCUGGAACACCAUCAGGCCCGAGUCGCCGACUUUCCACACCGCUGUUUACAUUGCUGGUCCUCCUCACUGGGACGCGCCGUAUGCCGGAGCCGGGAUGGGCCAUCUCUGCAAAGUCAACGGAAUGAACGAUUUUCCAUAUGUGAUGGCUGCUGAAGGCAACACCAGACCAGCAAAUCACUACUGGAAUGCGCAUGAGCUUGGUCAUGAGUUUCGCAAUGGUCACAAUUUUGAUCCUAGCGACGGUGGCAGUUCUGUCUGUCCAGCCAAGCGACUUUUCGGCACUAAAUGUGUGAUGGGAGGAAACAGUUAUCCGACAACCUUCAGUAGCACGUUUCUUGAUAAGAUCAAGGCCACCGACUACAGCUGUAUGGAAGACAAACCAGCACAGGAGGACGUGUUUAAGUGUGGAAACGGGAUUCUCGAUGCAGGGGAGGAGUGCGACUGUGGGAACAGCCAGAGCUGUAAAACCAGCGACCCCUGCUGUGACGGUCAGAUUUGCAAGUUGAAACAGAACGCCGAGUGCAGCUCCAACAGCCCUUGUUGUAACAACUGUAAGGUGGACCUCAACAGCUGUGACGAUGACAUCAAGGGGAGAGUCAAACGCGCGACAGAUCCAGCAAACAUCCAAUCGUACAAUCGCAUCGAUAUCCCACCCGGAGUACUGGUGCCGUUUCCUGCCGGGACCACCACGCCAAGGAACCGAGUCUUCAACUGGCUGUUCGAGGCACCGGCGGGUCUGCAUGUCACCCUGUCGCUGGCUAUUCCUCUGUUGGCGUCACCAUCAUUUGAAACUGCGGUAGGCUGUCCUUAUGACUGGAUCGAAGUUCGAGAUGGCGGAUACAUGACGUCACCAGUUCUCGGCCGCUUCUGCACUCCAAUGAGAAAGCCGAUCGUGUCGUCCGGCAACACGCUCCUAGUCACCUUCAGGAGUGACAAUUCGUUCGACAGUCAUUUCCUCAUGAAGUACUCUUUCUACAGCACAGCCCUGUCAGGUCCGAAGUGGAGGGAGGACGGCAGAUGUGGGUGGAACUACCCUGCAGCAGCGGCGGCGUCUGGACAGUGCGAAUCUCAGGGAGAAACUCCCUGUUGUUUCUGGGACGGCCGCUGUAAAAGCAAAGAUACAGACUGUACCUGCUCGAAAUGUGUGGACUACCGAAAUAUUGACAAUGCAGGUUUGCCGACGAAUCCCGUAAAAGCAACUGAGACACAGACUUUGGGCGAAUGCUAUGAGGAAACGGGCGACACCUACCGUGGAACGGCGAGUACAACCAUAUCCGGAAAGGUCUGCCAGGCCUGGAGUUCACAGUCGCCGCAGCAGCACGGCUUCGACCCGGCCGCCUAUCCAAACCUCGGCCUGGACAGCAACUACUGCAGGAACCCGGACCUCUCCACGCGUCCCUGGUGUCACACCACCGACCCGAAGAAACAGCGGGACUUCUGUAUCAUACCCAAGUGUACUGGGCUUGCAUCUAGAUCUGAGUACGUCGGCUGCUACAAAGACACCUCUAGUCGUACGUUUCCGGCGGGCAGGAUUCAGAACUACAAUAACAUGACGAACGCUUUGUGCAUCAACCAUUGCGCUGGACAGGGCUACACUUACGCAGUGACUCAAUAUUCUUAUGAGUGUAGCUGUGGCAAUGAGGCUAACUUCGCCCAACUGGAGCCCAAGCGGCCAGAGCACGAGUGUAACUUCAAGUGUUCAGGAAACCGUGAAGAAAUGUGUGGCGGGAACUGGAGGAAUUCUGUCUACAAACUUCCUGAAAAAGCAUCCUCGGCAGGUGGAUACUCAUGUGGGGAUGGUCUGAAGAAGUUUCAGGGCCGCUGCUACAAGGCUUUCACCGAGAAGAAGUCCAACGCAGAGGCGAAGAGUGAGUGCUCAGGCAUGGGAGGACGACUGGCCGCGCCUAAAACACCAGAGGUUCACGGCUUUCUGGUGGACCUUGCAAAAACAGAAGUCGGAAACGGCCAGGAUGUGUGGAUUGGGAUCCAGAAAGAAGAUGUAUGGAAGUUCAGCGAUGGCGGUGCUUUGGGGGAAUGUUCUUACUCCAAUUGGGCACCGGGUGAACCCACGAAUAAUGCUCAGACAAAAUGUGCGCAGUACUGGGCCGGUAUCGGGUACAAAUGGGACGACACUUACUGUACUUCCACCAAGGCUUUCAUAUGCCAGACUGGACCAGCAACAUGCCCUGACGGCUAUGGGAAAUAUGGAGACACCUGCUACAAACUCUUCACAGAGAAGAGGUCCUAUCGCCUCGCUCAUGCCACGUGUGUCAACGACGGAGGAAGGCUGGCUGCCCCAAAGACGGCAGGAACCAACGACCACCUGAUUAGCCUGGCCAAGACUGCAGGAGGUGGGAACAUGUGGAUCGGUGUGGACAAUCUCAACACAGGUGUCUACAAGUACAGUGAUGGCACCCCGCUGAAGAGCUGUGAGUAUACCAACUGGGCUCCAAACGAGCCAAACGGCGCCGACUGUGUUCAGUUCUGGGCCGGCAGAGGGUACAAGUGGGACGACACUGACUGUUACCAUGCGCAGAUGUUCGUCUGUCAGAUUGGACCAGGAGAUGAUGCUGGCUGCUGUUGAGUCUGUUUACCUGGAGGAUCAAACCAUCAGCCAAUAACUAUCUGACUACUUGAGAAGGCUUGACAAGAUAUGCAUUGCAAGUGACACAUGCAAGAAAGAUCUGGGCUACGCACAACAAAUAACACAACAAGUACGUAAAAUAGCACAUUACAAUGUCAUAUAAACUAAAGCUUGAUGAUUAAGAGAUAUUGUCACCAGUGCAGAGUAUGUGAAAGUAAGCAAUUCCUACACAAUUACUGAUUCUAGCAGUUUCUCUCUGCUUCAAACUAUAAACAGCAAUCCAUAAAGGAAGAAGCAGUGAAAGGUGUGACCUUGGAUUUCUUUUUUUUUCUUUUUAUCAUUUUUGAUUACUCUUAGUAAGUCGAGACUUAAGGCAAUUGGUGUAUUUACUUGAUGGUAUCUGGGUAAGUUGUAUUUUGUAAAGUAGGUUGCUAGGGUUUAUAUGAUAUUAUUUAGUAUCUACUUACAAUAACAGCUACUAAAAUGUUGUAAGCAAUCAGAGCUGGUGUUAAGACGAAGAUAGAUUAUUCUAUCAAUUUUUGAAUACACCUUUCUUUUAAACACAAAAUUCUCCUUUAUACGUAGUAUUACAUAUUAUGUGAUGUGAAUUAUCAUACUCACAACUGGGUUUGAAGUAUGUCAAUGAAUUUUAUUUCAUAUUACCAUUCUAACAGAAUGAUGAAAAAUGUGAUAAGAUUCUAGCCUAUCUUUCUGAAUCAAACUGAAAUAAAUAUGCAGAUAUAUGUAUCAAAUGAUAGCUGAAUUGAUAUGAAAAAAAUCACACAUUUUAUACAUUUUAUAUAACACCCAAGAAGUUAUAAAAUAAUCUCAUAUGACACCAUAAUAGGAAGUUGCUAACUAAAAGAUUAAUUGGGUAAUAUUCAAGUACUAAAUACUUUUCCUACACUGAAGGAUACUAGUAGUUUUCAAGAGUGUACCAUAGGAAGCUAAAUUGUUUAUUACUAACAACUAAAUGUUUAAAUUCCAU